GCAGAAUUACAGUAUUUUGUGUGGCUAGGAUAUACUAUCAGGAUUAUAUGUAUUGGGAAAUACAAUUUGAUUUUAUAGGAAAAAUUCCUACUUUUAUUGGUCUGUUAUAAGGAAAGUGUUCCGCUGUAAAGGAAAUAGUCUUAUAUUAAUCGUAUCAUAAAUUGUUCAUGACAGUAGUUGUGUAGGUCUGUCAGUCAGUUUAUAAUGAUGAUACUAACAUAAUAAACUAUUUGGAGAAUUAAAUGAGUGAGGAGGAAAGCGAUUCAACUGUUAGUAUAAGAGCUAGUACAUCCACUGAUAGUGUGAUGAAUCUGCUAGAAUGGACUCAACAGAAGCUAGAUUCUGGUAUUGAGGUAGUGAAGGAGGUAGGAAAUUGGCUUGAUCUACAUUUCCUGAGAGAUAAUGAUGCACUUGAUAAACAGGUUGACAAUGUUAAGCUUUUGGACAGAUUCAGUGCCAGAAACACAGCCAUAGGAACAUUGUACCUGACAACUACACACCUGAUAUUUGUUGACAGUGCUGGAAAGAAAGAAAUAUGGAUUUUACACAUGCACCUAUCAAAUAUAGACAAGCUUCCAAUAACUACAGGUGGAUCUCCAAUACAGCUGCAUUGUAAAAACUUUAUGUGUAUAACGUUUGUCAUACCAAAGGAAAGAGACUGCCAUGAUAUAUAUACAUCACUGUUAGAGUUAUCUAAACCAGGUAAUAUAGAGUCCCUGUAUGCAUUUUCGUACCAACAAAAUUGUGAUUAUACAAAAGAUUAUGGAUGGGACUUGUUUGACACACAGUCUGAAUACAUGCGUAUGGGAGUACCCAACGAGAACUGGGUUAUGUCAAACAUUAACAAAGAAUAUGAGAUCUGUGAUACCUACCCCCGAUAUUUAUUUGUUCCUAGUAGAGCUGCUACACAAGUUCUGAUAGGAAGUUCAAAGUUCCGCAGUAGAGGUCGGCUACCAGUACUUUCUUAUUUUCACAUCAAAAACCAGGCUGCAAUAUGUCGCUGUAGUCAACCACUGGCAGGAUUCAGCGCUAGGUGUGUAGAAGAUGAACAAAUGUUACAUGCAAUACUCAAAGCUAACCCAGACAGUGGAUACAUGUAUGUCGUAGAUACAAGACCAAAGAUAAAUGCGAUGGCAAAUCGUGCUGCAGGUAAGGGUUACGAGAACGAGGCUUUCUACUCGGAUAUGAAGUUUCAGUUCUGUGGUAUAGAAAAUAUACAUGUGAUGAGAGGUAGUCUACAAAAAUUAACUGAAGUUUGUGAGUUGAAGAAUCCGUCUAUGAGUGCUUUCAUUUCUGGUUUGGAGACAAGUGGCUGGUUGAAACAUAUACAAGCCAUACUGGAAACAUCUGUAUUUAUAUCAAAGGCUGUGUUAGAUGGUAUAAGUGUGUUGGUACAUUGUUCAGAUGGCUGGGACCGUACAGCACAGACUUGUAGUUUGUCAUCAUUAAUGCUAGAUCCGUAUUACAGAACUAUAUCAGGAUUUAUGGCAUUAAUAGAAAAGGAAUGGCUAGCAUUUGGGCACAAAUUUACAGAUCGUUGUGGGUUUCUUAGUUCCGUGGAUAGUAAAGAAACAUCUCCAGUAUUUACACAAUUCCUCGAGUGUGUGUGGCAAAUGAUGCAGCAAUUUCCCUGUGCAUUCCAGUUCAAUGAUCGAUUUUUGAUCACGCUGCACGAUCACGUGUAUUCGUGUCAGUUUGGUACGUUCAUUGGGAACUGUGAGAAGGACCGUGUAGAUUUAAAGUUGUCAGAUCGUACAUUUUCACUAUGGGGCUUCCUUAGUAAACACAAGAUGGAGUAUCUAAAUCCACUCUUCAAAAAGGAGUAUGAAGUCAUGCAACCUGUUCUCAUUCCAAAAACUUACCCACAAUGCAUCAAAUUUUGGCGAGGAAUGUAUAAUAGAUUUGAGACUGGAAUUCAUCCACGAGAUCAGAUCAAAGAUAUACUAUCUGCAGCCAAGGAUCAUAGUUCUUCAUUAGAGGACCAUGUCAGACUUCUAGAAAAGAGAUUAACACAGAUUGGUCAGAUUCUCGGUAAAUCAGAUGAAACGAUACAACAGACGUUACAUGCUUGUGUUUCCAUGGAUUCGUUAGACGGUGUUAUAGACGAUCCAUUUCAUCAUAGACUGAAAGAUAAACUGUUUGAUAACCAAACUAAUGGUGAUUGUCUUAUUGUUAACCAAACGGACUUACAAAAACGUGAAAAUCUGGAAAAGAACAGACUGAUUGACGGCAGUUCAAAUCAAACAAAAAGUGACUCAGAAUCUGGCUUUGACGAGUCGUGUUCACAGAUGUCACGAUCAGGUAUAGACGAUCGUAUCUCCACUCUAGAACCCGAGUCUAUGUCCCAAUCUAUCAACCUAGAAAAGUUAAACCUCGACCAGUUACAUCUUGAGCUUCAGUCAGUAGCAGUGGAUUGGCGCCCAUUCCGUAAUAUAUAUACAUGUAGUUGUGCAAUGCCGUUUGACCAUUUUAUGAAAAAGUACCACUGUUGGAAAUGCGGUGAGGUGUUUUGUACAAGAUGUAUUGCCCGUAAUGUUCCGCUGCCCGGUCACGAUUCUCACCGACCCGUUCCUGUAUGUAAACCUUGCUACAAAGAUAUUAGACAUUCACCGUCGAUGGAAUUUAACCCACUUAUUACAAAGUCAUAACAUUCAGUGUGAUGUAACAGAACCUAGACGUUAAAAACAUUACAGCUUAGAAAUACACAAGCAAUCAACCAAUAGAAUGAUGAAUUGUUGAUGAAAUCAUCAGUAAAAGACAAGGAUAAAAAUUUUAUAAAGGCAGAUCAACAUUGUGUAGAUUAAAAAUUAGUCUUGCUGUUAAAGAAAAUCUAUAAUGUGAAAUAUAUGAGCACUUGUCUGUAAAAUCUAUAAAACAGUAUGAAAAAUUAACAUAUACUUAAGUUUUAUGACAAAACCCUGUUGCAGUGUCCUCAAUGUCAUGACAUAUGUUUUGUUUGAUUUAGAGCAAACAAAGACAUACAAGGUUGUUUCAUGUUGGUCUAUUGUAAUAUGAUUUAAAACUGGCAGUAUUUGAACAAAUGUCGCAGCCAUAAAUUAUAAGAAACAAAGUUCAAUUUUGCUAAUAUGUGAUUACUACAAUAUUUUUAUCAUAGUGUGGACAAAUCAUGUCGAAAAAUGUUCCAAGUUUACAACUGUUAAGUUUUCUUGCCUUUUGAAGAUUUCCUUAUAGAUAUCAGACUAAACAUGGUUAGUGUAAAAAGUAGAGAAAUGUUUAAUUUGUAGAUUGCACCAAGUUAUAGUGAAAUCAAAAUUAAAAGAAAGAAUAAUUUUAAGAUUAAAAGGUAUUUCAUACUAAAAGAUGUAUCGGGAAACAUUUGUGCUAACUUUUCGGAUAAAAAAAAUAAUUAUGUGUCACAGAUUAUCAUUUAAGAUUUACAAACUCUGAGAUAUGCUUUUGUUGAACCAAAAACAAGAUAGAAAAUCAAAUUAUUAUACUUAUUCUACAUGCAUUUCUUAGAAAUAGUCAUUUUUUUCACUCAAUUUAUUAUCAUGGUUGUAUCAAGGAAUUGUGACACAUUCUAUGUAAGGGCAUUGAAAAAUGUUGUACAAUCUCAAAAUGGAUGUGAUUUUCAAGAAUAAAUUGAUAUGAAAAACAAGAAAGACACUUGUUUGAAUACUUGAAAUAGUAAUUUUGUGCUUCUGAAAAGUUUUCAAAUGCGAGUAUAAUUAUGCCAGUUGGUCAUUCCUUUCAUCCUUCGUCAAACAUUAAUUUAUUGCUGAAUAUCUAAAAUAUUUAAUGUGUUGGCUCAUAUCACAGAUCUCUACCAUUGUUACAAGUUGAUUAGGUCAAGGUCACUGUUAGGUCAAGGUCACUAGGGCUUAACUUGUGGUAUUGCAUGUGAUGUGUUCUUAACUUUGUAAAAGCAUUUAUGGGAGGCAUCAAAUAAGUUUUAUCAAUAUUCUUGUUUUUGUUUAAAAAACAUUGAUGUGCAAUAUUUGUAUUCUGUAAUGAAUUAAAUCAAAUUGUUCUUAUGUUAAAGAGUUGGUACAUUCUGAUGAAAAAAAUAAUGAGAUAAGGAAAUUGUCCACAUGAAUGGAAUGCAUCUUUAAUGUGUUAGUGUGCAUUUAUUAAUUUAGUCAAUUUAAUAUCAUAUUUGGUUGCUAAAAACUGAUUUAGAAACCCUCAUAAAAAAUCAAAAGUAUUUGUUAAAAAAAUACUGUUUAAUCAGAAAUUUUCUCAAUGCCAAGAUUUUUAGAAAAUUAACAUUUCUGACUUAAUUAACAAAUCUAUUACAGUUAUAUAGUAGAUAUUUUGUGAACAUUUAUUUCUGUGAAAAGAACCUUCGAUUCAUGUUAGGAAAAUUUAAUCUAUGUGAAAAAUUUCUGAUUUUACAGUAAUCACAAAACCAUAUCUGUAAUUGUAGUGUUGAUCUUAUUUUGUUGAUUUUUUUUUUGUAGACAAAACUGUGAUAAUCAAUUAAUUAUGAAUCAUCAUCAGUAUAGUAGAGUCUUUAAUUGUUGUAUAGUUUCUUGUAUACAUUCAAUACUGUUAGAUAGUAUACUUGUAUAGUUUUAAUCCUUAGACUGCUUAAGUCAAUAUUAACUAUCCUAUGCCACAUUUAAGUUUGAGCUGCGCCAGUCUACACAUUUGAACAGUCUGACCAGGCUCUAUAUUGCUAGAUGCUCAAUUUUGUUAUUUUGAUAUAUAAAUCCCUUAUACCUAUAAUGAAAUGUUCCAAAAUCAAAGUAGUAAAGUCCAUUACAUAAAGUUUGCAUGAUGGUUAAACCUAUUUUACAAACAUAAUUUUGUGACUUGUUACUAGAUGAUUAGAUGUCAGUCAGUAUAUUUGUUUACAAUUUCCUGACUUUUAUUGUACUCACAAGUUUCUUUGAAUCCACAAAUCUACUGUCUAAUUUGAACAGGCACCUUUCCUUUGUUGAUGUACACAUAUUAAAUUGAAUGUCAGGUCACUCCUGUCAUGUGAUCAGGAAAUAGUCUUAGUAUCAAUGAAUUAAGUUUAAUAAUGAAGGUAUAAAGGCAUUUUUGUUGGAAAUUGUUAAUGUAUAACUAUAAAGAUAAAUUAACUUAACUUCUGUUGCUUUGUUCUGCCAAAACCUAUUUAAAACUUAUUUAUUUAGUAACAUUCUGUUUAACUGCCAUACAUAGUAUGUCUGUCUGUUCAAAAUGCUUGUAAUACUCUACAUCUAUUUAUUAAUCAUAAAUGAUGCCAUUCUGAAAUUGCUAGUUAUGUUAUUCUGUUUUAAUUAUAUUUUUAGUAUGUGUUGAAUGUAAAUGAAAGCUUGUUACUUCUUUAUUGUUUCAUUUCUUGAAAGAUAUACAUGUAUAUUUAGUCCAUUUAUUUAUAAUUUUAUUUGUUAUGCUUCCAAAUGCAAAAAAAAAAAUGUAAUUAAAAGUAAUGACUGUAAAAGUU